AUGAGCUAUCCAGAUGAUCCAUUCAACCGAUAUUGGGAGCCUUUCAAAGAUGAAAAUCCAGUGGUAGAAUGCCAUGCAAAUGUGUCGUCGAAGGACUUUUGGAACCUUCCACCGGCGAAGGCAAUGCAGAAAGCUCUUACAACCAGCAGGGGAAAGGAGCUUGUCAUCAAAUGGCCGGCUGCAGCACUCCCUAGUGCUAUCUACUAUGUGGCACUCUACUUCCAGGACAACCGAACGCCGAGCCCAUUCAGCUGGAGGAUGUUCGAUGUGUCGGCGAAUGGCAGGGCCUUCUACAAAGGUCUCAAUGUUUCUACUGCGGGUGUCAUGGUCUUCGGGACACAAUGGCCGCUCUCGGGGCAGACCAAAAUCACGUUAACACCUCAUGGGAAUUCCCCUGUUGGGCCAGUGAUCAAUGCCGGAGAGAUUCUUCAGGUAGUGCCUCUUGGUGGGAGGACUCUCACUAGAGAUGUGAUUGCAAUGGAGGAGCUUGCAAGAAGGUUUAACAACCCACCGCCAGAUUGGAGAGGAGAUCCUUGCUUACCAUCAUCGCAUUCAUGGACCGGAGUCUAUUGUAUGGGAUCUGAAAUAGUCCGAGUAGUCAAACUGAACCUAACAGACCACGGCAUUUCAGGGACGCUGCCUGACAUCAUAGCCAACUUAACGGCACUAACACACAUUUGGCUCAGUGGGAACAAACUCUCUGGUUCCAUCCCGGACAUGACCAAUCUAAAUAACUUGGUUUCUUUGCGCUUGUCAAAAAAUGAGUUCACUGGAACAAUCCCUCCAUCACUCGGAAACCUCGAAGGCCUUAAAGAGUUGCACCUCCAAGAGAACAAGCUUACAGGCAAGGCUCCUGAGAGCCUGAGAGGCAGGAGUGGAUUAGAUCUACAGCUUAGCCCAGAAAAUCAAUUUGACUAGAGCUAAUCACAAGUGGAGGACACCAGGAGUGCCAAAUGUUCUGAAACUCUUCUUGCUUAUGCGAAGCUUGAGACUGAUUUUUCCUUCAAACACUUUAGGUUGGGCUCGAGGCAGGAAGAGAGAGGAAUGAGGACAAUAUACUUGCAUUUGCAAUUAUGAAGUUCUCUUUUUGAAACUCUUUACCUUGUUAAUUAGUUGAAUGCAAUCUGAAAAUAUGGUGUACCACAUAAUCACCCAAUAUCUGUAUGUGUUAAUAUAAGUACUGUAUCCUUCUUUUGGAGAUUCUCUCAAAAAAAAAAUCUUUUACUCUCUCAGAAACCUUUCGGGAGAGGAGAGAGAUGUUCUCUCUCCCGAGAAAUUCUAUUACUUGUUUUUUCUAAUUUUUGAAAGAAAAAUUCUCUCUCCUGUGCAAAC